GUAUCCUGGACUAGAUAGGGACAUCGAAGUGUUGGUUAAAAGCUGCCCUCAGUGUAUACAAUGUUGGCCCAUGCCGGCUGCUGAAGUUCCGUCUCCAUGGCCGGCGAGCAACAAACCAUGGUACAGGUUGCAUAUGGACUUCGCGGGCCCCAUCAGUGGCUUCCAAGUUUUUGUGUUGGUGGAUGCCGAGACGAAGUGGAUUGAGGCCAUACCUUUGAAGACCGCCACAGCGGAGACGACCAUUCAAGUACUUCAAGGUAUUUUCGCACGUUUUGGCCUGCCCUACUGCUUAGUAUCUGAUAACGGACCACAGUUUUCAAGUGCCACUCUGUCCAGUUUCUUGAAGGAAAGUCAAGUGAAACACAUCAGAACUGCCCCGUACCAUCCUCAGUCAAAUGGGUUGGCGGAACGGGCUGUACGGACAGUGAAGGAAGGGCUUCGAAAGAAUCCGGCAGGUACAUUGCAGGAGCGACUAAUCAAGUUUUUAUUUCGUUAUAGAACGACACCAUUGGAAGGAGGAAAAUCGCCCGCCGAACUGCUGUUGGGCUUCCGUCCCCGAACCAGGCUGACAGCUUCACUGACAGACAAAAAGGUGACAGAAAAUGAUUGUUCCGGCGAGCCUGUUCUAGGAGCAGCAACAGCGCCAACACGGUAUCAACCUGGCAGGCAAGUAUGGUCACGCCAGUUUCAGUCUGUUCGGAAGUGGAUGCCGGCGACAGUAGUGUCCACGACGGGAGCACGCAUGGUUACAUUGGAAACACCGGAGGGACCGCAGCGGCGCCACGUAGACCAACUCCGGCCACGGCUCGGCACAGGGUCGUCACCUAGCAAGCCGAGCGAAGUCCAGACCGGCGACGAAGCUCAGUGUAGCGCCGAGCAGGCCGCAGCUCAUGAAGGUUCGGACGCACGGGUUGUCGGCUCUCAAGCCGAAGACCAACAGCCACCACGUCGUUCGACUCGCCUACGGAAGCCCCCAGAUCGUCUCACUUACUCCAGCUUAGGGGGAAGGGAUGUAGUGUUAUCAAGCACGCGUGAUGUAACGUUAUCAAGCCCGCGUGCUGAUGUAUAGCAUGAGCAAGACAGAUUACACG